CCUCCCUCGCUCUCUCCUCUUCCUCUCUCUCUCUCUCUCUCUCCAUCUUCUUUCCCAUAAAGGAAGCUUUUUUUUUUUUCUGCCAUUUCUCCACGAAACGAAUACCCCACAUUUCCUGAUCACAAUUUUAAUGGGUGAUGAUCCUCUUCGAUCGAGCUAGGGUUUCGGGGAAUUGAGAUGGAGCGGCAUCGCAGGAUCGAGAUCGUCCUCGGCGCGAUCUCUCCGUUCCUUCUCCUGACCCUCGUCUACUUGCUGUUCUACUGCUGUUUCCGGAGCGGAUUCGCGCGGCGGAGAUCGAGGAGGAGGGGCUCGGCGGAGUGCGGCGGCGGCGGCGGCGGCGGAGGGCUAGGGUUUUCGGCUGCGGCGGCGGAGGGGGAGGCGGAGGAGCUCGUCGUGUUCGGGGGCGGCGAGGAUCUCACGGUGGGCGCGAUCCUGGAGGCGCCCGGGGAGGUGGUGGGGAAGUCGAGCUACGGGACGCUGUACCGGGCCGGUUUGCAGGGCAUGGCGACGGGUUCGGUGGUGCUGCUCCGGUUCGUCAGGCCGGCCUGCGUGGGCCGGACCGGCGAGAUCAUGCCGACGGUGAGGAUGCUCGGAUCGGUGCGGCACCCGAAUCUGGUGCCGUUGAGGGCGCUCUACGCGGGGCCCAGAGGGGAGAAGCUCUUCGUGCACCCCUUCUACGCCGCUGGGGAUCUCGCCCGCUUCUUCAGAGAUGGAGUUGCUGAAUCACAGAGAUGGGAAAUUAUCCGCAAACUAUCAUUAGGUAUAGCGAGGGGCCUUGAUCACCUGCACACGGGAUUGCCUAAGCCGAUCAUUCAUGGCAACCUAAAGACGAACAACAUCCUCCUUGACUCCGAUCUCCAGCCGCGAUUAUCGGACUUCGGCCUCCACCUCAUCCUGAACCCCACUUCUGGGCAGGAGAUGCUCGAAGCGUCGGCCGCGCAGUGCUACAAAGCCCCCGAACUGAUCAAGAUGAAGGACGCUACUAAAGAGAGCGAUAUCUACAGCUUGGGUGUGGUCUUACUGGAAAUGCUCACUCAAAAGGAUCCUGUGAGCAGCGACUUCUUAAAUUCCCGGGAUCUUUGCGUUCCAACAACAUUCAAAGACCUGGUCCUCGAAAGAAAGAUCUCCGAUGCGUUUAGCUCCGAGUUAAUCACUCGAAGUAGGAGUUCGGGUAACGGAGAGGGUCUGCUCGUUUUCUUUCAAUUGUGUAUGGCGUGUUGCUCUCCUUCGCCCGCGUUAAGACCCGACAUUAAGUCGGUGCUUAGAAAACUCGAAGAGAUCGGAAGGAGGUGAAAGGGCUUAAAGAAGAAGAAGAUAAUGCUGCUAAGAGCCAUGAAGAUGGUGGUACAAUAUUCAAAUACGCCGCUUUAUUUUGUGGCUUAGCUAACUAACAUCCCUCGUGAGCUUUGAUCGUCGGUUCUCUUCAUCAAGUAUAUGGUGGAGCCAUGUGUUUGUUAGGGUAAGCUAUAUAUUGUUUAUUUUCAUCAGGGGAUGGGGAUUCAACUGGGUUAUUAACAAGUACAACUUAGCUGAGCUACUGACUUGUUUAUAUUUCCUACACAAGAACAUGGGUUCUAUGGUAAUGUAUCAAUCAAACAGUGUAGAGAUAGAUCAUUUUAGAAUGUGAAAGCAACAAAAGCCCAUGACACCAGACUUAGUGAUUAACUCCUUUCUGCUUCUCCUUCCAGUAGAAGUUAAAAGCACCUGUCUCCACUACCUACUUUUUUCUGCUGAUGCAUUGAAGAUUGCCCAUG